AUGAAGAGGAAGAGGAGCUCCGAGGAGUAUGAUGUGUUUUUGAGUUUCAGGGAAAGCGACACGCGCCUCAACUUCACCGACCACCUUUAUCGCAGCAUGUUGCGUGCAGGUAUCCGCGUUUUCCUUGACAGUGAAGAACUUGAAGAUGGUGAAGAAAUCCAUAAAGUUUUUGAGGCAGUGAAUGAGUCUCAGAUCUACAUACCCAUCUUCUCUCAGAAUUUCGCCUCUAGUUCAUGGUGUCUCCGUGAGGUAGCCCACAUGGAAGAAUGCACCUUAAAAUCAGUCCGGAAGAAAGAGAUCAUCCCCAUUUUCUAUGAUGUGAAUGCUGAUGAUGUGAAGCUCAAAACUGAUUUGUACAAGGAUGCCAUACUCAAACACAAGGAGAAGUGGGGCUCCGAUGAACUGGAGCGGUAGGAAAGUGCCCUUAAAAAGA